CGCAGUGAUCUACAUGGUGGAGGUCGUCAACGAGGUUCAGGCAAUCCGCCUCAACUAUGGCUCCAUCUCAAGGGAUUCUCCUAUCAGGUUGUUGGUGGAGUGCAGGUUUGUGCCGGGCACUGUUCUGAGUGUGAGCUACUUGGUGAAAACUCCCACCCUGGGACCUGAGGUUACGGCCAAGGGGAUGUUUGGGGUCCAGCUCCGGAUCGCCAAAGAUGCCGAUUACAGCAGCUACUACCCCCAGAAUCACCCGCCCCUGCAGAUGCUGCUGGGGAAGCCCCUCUACCUGGAAGUGCGGCUGCUCAAUGUCUCGGAUCCCACCCUGGUGCUGCUGGUGCACUUCUGUGUGGCCUACCCCCUCUCUGGAAAGGCCGUGUGGCUGCUGCUGUACAACGGAUGUCCCAACCCAUUGGACCCAGCCCUGCAGCAAGCUCUGCUCGCUGGUCCUCAGCCACCCACUCCUCAUGCUCAGACCCGCCGCUUCACCAUCAGCACCUUCCAGUUCCUUCCUGAUGAUGAGUUCAGGAACCUGGAUGAGGAGAACAACUUCAUGUGCUCAACCGAAAUCUGCUCUCCGCGUGAUGGUCCGUGCGUUGAGGGAUGCUUCGGCCAGUGAAGUUUACUGCAUGGAAGGCGAUUGAAGACUGACGAUCUGGCCUUCAGACAUCACUUGUUCUGCAGUCAAUAAAAGCUCUGAAAGGA